GUUUAACAGGAAAACUGGCCGAUGUCGAAGACGUCGCGACGGAGGCGGGCAGGUUUGCUCGUUUAUCCGGAAACUUUGCUGCGGUAGUGAUAAAAAGUAGUGAUUAACGCGCAUUUUUUUCCUCAACGAUCCGCCCUUUUUUUCGUGUUUUUUUUUUUUACGCUUGUGCUCUUCUCAGUGACUGCGGAUUUAAAAACAAAGACGUCUCCAAGAUGAUGAAAUUUAAGCAACAGGGCUUGGUCUCAGACCUAUUGCCCAACAUUCGAUUGAUGCAAAUCUGUGGACAUUUUAUGUUUAAUUAUUACGGAGAAGCCAAGAAAUUUGCUCACAAAAUCUACUGCUUCGUCCACUUAUUCCUGAUCCUCAUCCAAUUUGGAUGCAUGGCCUUCAACCUAGUCGAAGAAAGUGCAGAUGUGGAUGACUUGACUGCGAAUACGAUCACGAUGCUCUUCUUUACGCACAGCGUUGUCAAAGUUAUUUACUUCGCUGCGAGGAGUAAACUUUUCUAUAGAACCUUGGCAAUUUGGAAUAAUCCUAACAGUCAUCCACUCUUUGCUGAGAGCAACGCUAGAUAUCAUUCGAUAGCAUUAACGAAAAUGCGAAGAUUACUUUUCUGUGUGGGAGCUGCCACUAUUCUUUCAGUCAUUUCCUGGACCGGGAUCACCUUCGUCGGUGAAUCCGUAAAACACAUCACUGAUCCUGUAACGAAUGAAACAAUGACCGUCGAGAUCCCAAGACUGAUGCUUCGAGCAUGGUAUCCAUUCAAUGCACAGCAUGGAAUAAAGCACAUUUUGAUGUUGGUCUACCAAUUCUAUUUUCUACUGAUCACGAUGGCAGACGCCAAUUCGUUGGAUGUUCUGUUUUGUUCGUGGUUGUUGUUUGCUUGUGAGCAACUUCAACAUUUGAAGCAGAUCAUGAAGCCACUGAUGGAGCUGAGUGCUACUUUGGACACGGUGGUACCCAAUAGUAGUGAAUUAUUUAAGGCUGGCAGUGCUGAACAUUUAAGAGAUAAUCCUUCUCCAUCAGCUGGGGAAAACAACAUGCUGGACUUAGACGUUCGAGGUAUCUACAGUAAUCGACAAGACUUUACAGCAACCUUCAGGCCAACUGCUGGGAUGACCUUCAAUGGUGGGGUUGGUCCAAAUGGCCUCACCAAGAAGCAAGAAAUGUUGGUGAGAAGUGCCAUCAAGUACUGGGUCGAGAGACAUAAGCACGUUGUAAGGUUGGUAACUGCAGUUGGCGAUGCUUACGGCGUGGCUCUGUUGCUGCAUAUGUUAGCGACAACAAUAACUUUGACUCUACUUGCAUAUCAAGCGACGAAGGUGAGUGGAGUUGACGUUUAUGCUGCAUCUACGAUUGGUUACUUGUUGUAUACCCUGGGACAAGUAUUUCUUUUCUGUAUAUUUGGAAAUCGACUUAUUGAAGAGAGCUCAUCGGUUAUGGAAGCUGCCUAUUCAUGUCAUUGGUACGAUGGUUCAGAAGAGGCCAAAACUUUCGUCCAGAUUGUCUGUCAGCAAUGUCAAAAAGCCAUGUCAAUAUCAGGAGCGAAAUUCUUCACUGUAUCCCUCGACUUGUUUGCUUCGGUCUUGGGAGCUGUUGUUACUUACUUCAUGGUGUUGGUGCAACUGAAGUGAAGAUCUAAUUUUAUACAUCGUACGAAUAAACAAAUGUACGAAAGCGUCCGAAAGACGAUUUUUCAAUGCAAGUCUUUCAAAGUCUUGGGCCUUAUUUUUCUUUACUCUUGCUCAUAAAGAACUGAAAUUACAAAGCCAGUAAUUUAUUAGGUAAAGUCAAGAGAUUGAAACUGCAAAAAAGUCAAAUAAAAUAUUGAAGAGUAUUUUUGUCUACAAAAAUAACGGAACCGAAUAUAUAUUUGACAUGAUAUACAUUUUUUUUGCUUGGUUCAAAAAGAAGAAUGCACAGUAAAAUCCAAAACACAAAAAAUAUAUUUUUAUCUAAAAAGAGAAAAAUAAUUCAUUAGUCAGAAUUAUUGCAAUUUGAAAAUUAAAAAGUAAGAAACUUUAUUAUAAAUCAUGAUCAAUCACAAAAUGUAGUAAAAAGUAAACAUAAUCUUACAAAUUUCCUAAGAUAGUAAAUUACACAAAAAAUAGAAGAUGAAAGCUGAAAUCCAUGAAUCAAUUAUUUCAGUUUGAAAUAACCAAUGGGGAACCAAUACGCUGAACUCAGUUAUACAUAGGGUGGUAUAUAAAAAUGUUUUUUCACCUA